CGUCACUUCCGCCCCACGCCAAGAUGGCGUCGCACGGGCCUUGCCACGCAGACUUCCGCCCGGCGCGGAGAGCGAGGGUCGGCGGCGAGUGGAGGCGGCGGUGAAGCGCGUUGGGCACGCGGGUGUGGAGCCGCAGUAGGGGCGACAUGUCGGAAGGAAACGCCGCGGGCGAGCGCAGCGCUCCGGGAGGACCCCGACCCCUCCUCUCCGGGGCCCGGGGGCUAAUCGGGCGGCGGCCAGCGCCCCCUCCCACGCCGGGCCGUCUGCCCUCCAUCCGCUCCCGGGACUUGACUCUCGGGGGAGUCAAGAAGAAAACUUUCACUCCCAAUAUCAUCGGUCGGAAGAUCAAGGAGGAGCCCAAGGAGGAAGUGACUGUCAAGAAGGAGAAGCGCGAGAGAGACAGAGACCGACAGCGGGAGUGGCAUGGCCGGGGCCGCGGCCGCCCGGAAGUGAUCCAGUCCCACUCCAUCUUCGAGCAGGGGCCUGCUGAGAUGAUGAAGAAGAAAGGGAACUGGGAUAAGACAGUGGACAUGUCAGACCUGGGCCCCUCUCACAUCAUCAACAUCAAGAAGGAGAAGAGGGAGACGGACGAGGAGACCAAGCAGAUCCUGCGCAUGCUGGAGAAGGAUGACUUCAUCGAUGACCCCGGCCUGCGCAAUGACACUCGGAACAUGCCAGUGCAGCUGCCACUGGCACACUCGGGCUGGCUUUUUAAGGAGGAGAAUGAAGAGCCAGAUGUGAAGCCCUGGCUGGCUGGCCCCAAGGAGGAGGACAUGGAGGUGGAUGUGCCAGCUGUGAAAGUGAAAGAGGAGCCCCGAGAUGAGGAGGAGGAGCCUAAGGCCAAGGUCCCUCUGCGAGCAGCCCGCAAGAGCCCGGGCCUGCCCAAGGACGUGUCUGUGGCGGAGCUGCUGAGGGAGCUGAGCCUCACCAAGGAGGAGGAGCUGCUCUUCCUGCAGCUGCCAGACACCCUCCCCGGCCAGCCGCCCACCCAGGACAUCAAGCCCGUCAAGACAGAGGUGCAGGGAGAGGACGGGCAGAUGGUGCUCAUCAAACAGGAGAAGGACCGGGAAGCCAGGCUGGCAGAGAACGCUUGUACCCUGGCUGACCUCACGGAGGGUCAGGUGGGCAAGCUGCUCAUCCGCAAGUCGGGCAAGGUGCAGCUGCUCCUGGGCAAGGUGACUCUGGACGUGACAAUGGGCACCGCCUGCUCCUUCCUCCAGGAGCUGGUGUCUGUGGGCCUUGGAGACAGUAGGACGGGGGACAUGACUGUCCUGGGACACGUGAAGCACAAACUUGUGUGUUCCCCCGAUUUUGAGUCCCUCUUGGAGCACAGACACCGCUAGGCUGAGCAGAUGGAGGAAGAAUGGACUGCCCACGGCUGUUGCCUGCUGCAGACACCGUGUUCUGGAGGCUGUGACCCAGAAGGGGGCUGUGUGUGCACCCACUCCAGCCUUGAGCAGCCAGCCUCCCGGUUCUCCCCACAGGUGCCCCACGUGGCUCCCUCCCACAUCAGGCAGCAGUGGCGUGGCGACCUUUCCACCACGUGGACGUGGCAAGUCCUUGCUGCUGGGGGCCUCGCCCUCACUAUUUAUUUUUCUAUUUAAAAUCUGCAGCCAAGGGCAUCCUCUCAGUGGAUGGUUGGCAGGGAAAGGACAGGCUCCACUUGGCACCGCAGGGCCACUGA